CUCGGCGCAUUGGUUUGAGUUAUUUACUAUCAUGAUGUACCGGGUACUUACUGUGAGAAAAACGCAAGAAAUCUAUUCCAUUGUAGUUGCGAAACCGUGAGCUGCAAGGCAGUGCUGUAUGCUGGGCGCCUCCACCACCCACUCACCGCCUUCGACCACGAGUGAAUGCCUGCUGCGAUCAAUCAACUUCUCGCUGAAGCACAUGAGAUGGCCUCGCUGAAACAAAGUUCAGGAGUCUCCAUUCAGAAAAGCGUCAAGGAAAUAUGUGCAGUGAAGUCAAAAGUGUCACAGCAGCUGGCGCUUGGUGAGGGAACCCUCCGAGUCAAUACUGAGUGUCCGGCGUGGUCACGGAAUCAGACACACAAGACCAAAGAGCGGAUGGGUGAAUGCCUCAAUAGUAUCCUCAUCGAAGUCUCAGCUAGGCGUUCGCACGGGAAAUUCCUUCAAGCUCAAUCGCAAUCCACCACUUUGGUGCACCUUUCUCAUGGAAAAAAUGAGGUCGCCUCCAUUUCAAUAAAACAUAACAGUCGUAAAAAUCGGUUCGCCAUAACCAUCGCUUGGAAAAAUCGAAGUCUUCUCAAUGAUGCUCUCUGCAAUCACAAUAUCGAAAUGGGUGCUUUGUCCCAGCCUCUGGCGCGGAUCCAUUUCGACGUUCGUGGCCGGAUCUGGUUGCUCCCAGAUCCCCAUGCCGAUGACCCGCCCCCCGCUCAGAGAUCAAUCAGCAUUCGACCCCUCCGAUCUACUGCAGCGGCGCUUUCCUCUCGUAGACGUGGUCCUUUUUGAUGACAUGCUCCUUGCUGACCUUGCUACCACCGCGGGCGUUGGCUGGGAUGUGCGCCUCGUCAAAGCCUGGCGCGCGGUCGUGACGCUUGAUGAUGUGCUCCUUGAUGCCUGCGCCGCGCGCGCCGUCGGGGAUGUGCGCCUCGUCGAAGCCGAGAGCGCGAUCGUGGCGCUUGACGUUGUUGUUGUCACUGUGCGGUUCGGGAGCGACCGUGGCGAUUGCGGCGCUGGCGCUAAGAAGGGAAACGAUGGCCGUGGCGAGCUUCAUUUUGGGCUGCGCUGUGUGUCUGAGUCUUGUUUCGA